CAUAAGUACAAACUAGCAGACGCCAUGUAUCGCUCAACCCGUUCUCAGGCGCGGCAGGCCUCACUGAAAGGAGCCACAACAGAAUCCUCCACCCCUACUGCCCCCGUCUCUCACAUAGUGCUAAAGGACCCCCCGACCGGUUCAUCAGACAUAGACAUCCUCCCCUCCACAUUCACACCCAAAAUCACCGGCCUCUCCCGCAAAUCCACCGGCCUCCUCAAGCACAAGCGGGAGAAACUGCGCAUGCAUAACAACCAGCUACGCCGCUUCAUCUACGAAGAAGCAGCAGUCUCUGGAAACGCCAACAAUGCCCCGGCCCUCAUCCGCGCCGUCCAAUCCGCCCUAGUCUUUGCCCAGGAAGAAGCAGGCUCCGCAGUCUGUAUCUCGCCUUCCGGCCUCCUCCUCACGUGCUCGCACUGCGUAGCCGACGACGCCGCAACCGCACUCGACCCCACCACACCACCUCACUGGCUGAUCUUCGCCACGGGCGAGGUGGUAAAAGCCGUCUGCGUAGCCUGGGACCCGCAGCGCGAUCUCGCGCUCCUCCGCGUCAUCGCCGCUGAACCACCAACACUUCCCCAGUCCCAGUUCCUGUCACACUCCCACUCCAACCCCAAAAGCAUGCACCAAACCCUUACAUUCCCGCACGCCAGCCUCUUCCCAUCCUCACACCCCCUCCAGCCCUCCACCCCCCUCCUCUGCAUCGGCCACCCGGGCAGCGAAGACCUCGAAGUCUCCAAGCCCGGCGUAGCCACCGGCUACGACGUGCUGCACAUCAGCUCCGGCGCGUACCGCGGGCUAGCACUGGGGCAGGAUGCGCAGGAUAAUUCGGAGAUCGGGGCGCUGAUGCACGACUGCUGGACGUACUGGGGGCACAGCGGGGCGCCGCUGCUUGAGAGGAGAACGGGGGAACUGGUCGGGUUGCAUUCGAGUUGGGAUGAGGAGACAGGGAUGAGGAGGGGGGUGCCGGGGGAGGCUGUGAGGGCGUUUUUGGGCGAGUAUACGGAAGUAAGGGUGUAGCAGUGUGUGAGGGGUGUUGCGAGAUGCUGAGCCCGGGGUGGUGCGAUGGUCUAGUGGUGUUAGUCGCUUGUUUGUUUGGCUUUUGCGAACUAGCGGAAAGGCGCUGCUCGAGGUGUAUCCAGGGGCUGUCUGUUAGCACCAACGGUGCAGCGGAGAGGUAUGGCAUUGAAGGGGCUCAAAUUUUACGUGGAGUUAGCCAAAUUCAUGUCAUUCAUGAUCUAGUCCGUAA